AAUCUCAGGAGCAAUGACCUAGUGAUUGGAAAUCGGAAUUCAAAUUUACUGAUGUUUCCACCAGGAAAGUCACAGCAGCCGCCUCAAAUGACGUGAAUAUUCAGAGGAAUUCUUCGUGACACCAUCGACUGAAGGAGAUGGAUGGACAGCACAGCGGGAUCCCGAUUUUAAUUGCGUGUCUGAGCGACUGUUUAUUAUUUGUGUUCGGUAAACAUGACUGAAAGGAUUCAGCGUGAUAAAAAGAAUAUAUUUGCACAGAUAACGUUUGUUUUAAAUAUAUGUCAGACUUUGGUUCCGCGAUAGUUGCUAUGGAAUUACGGGUGCCUAUCUCAGUGGAAAUGGACAUCGACAUCUGGGAUAAGAUUGCCUAUUUGGAAUCUGAGGCUACUGUUUGCUCCGGAUGCUUAACCACACACUGGGGCAAGAGACCUUCUUGCGAGGUUGCGGACGCUACGUCAGGCGACAUAAAUUCGGCUCCGUGGACCAACUUGACCUCUGGGAGGAGUUGAACGCGCAGGCCCAUGAAGACGGGUCCCUUGCUCCAGGACUGGACCUCGGUCGUCUCAUGGCCGGAUGGACUUCACGUCCAGGGUUCCCCGUCAUCGCUGUGACGAGGAAUUACUCGGCUGGAAAUGCAAUCGUCACUCAGGCGCGGUUUCAGCGACCCUUGGCAGUCGAGGAGGCGCGCGGAGGGCAGACCGAUGUGUGGUGGGUGCCCAUCACCUACACGUCACAGCCAGAGCUUGGUUUUAGUUCGACGCAUUCACGUCUCUGGGUAGACCCUGAGCACAAGCAAACAAACCUCACUGACAUGCCGGGACCUGAGCACUGGGUGAUUUUCAACGUUCAGGCUGCAGGUAUGUACAGAGUGAAUUACGACCUCAAGAACUGGCAGCUGAUUUCCGAUUUCAUGAGAAGCGACCGAUACGAAGACGUGCCGGUGCUUAACCGCGCGCUGUUACUGGACGACGCGUUGAACCUCGCAGGAAUUGGCAUGCUGCCCUAUCACGUGGCGCUGGAAGUAACCAGCUACCUACGUCGUGAGUCCCACUAUCUGCCCUGGAAGGCCGCUCUCGGCAACCUCGGCUACAUCGGUCGGAUGUUCCGUCUCACGGAUGCACUCGCCAGCUACAAGCGUUUCAUUCUAUACUUGAUCGAGCCGCAGUUACGAAACCUCAACAUCGAUUCACACCAAAACGACAGCUACCUGAAGACCUCGCACCAGAAGGAGAUCAUGAGGUGGGCGUGCCUUACCGGGCAUCCGGCGUGUCUACACAACGCCACGACACUGUUCAAGACCUGGAUGGUCGGAAAUUUCAAUCCCGUGCCGCAAAGUCUGAGCACCGUUCUAUACUGCACAGCCAUUGAACAAGGCGGUCUUGAGCAGUGGAAGUUCUUGUGGACGCAAUAUAAGACUUCCGCCAUUGCUGUGUCGGAGAAGAAGGGUGCUCUGAAGGCCCUCGGCUGCUCCCAGAACACGGACAUCCUCGAACAGUACCUGCGGUGGUCAGUACAAAUAGGUUCAGGUUUGAAACCUGGGGACAGCGUCGCCGUGUUUAAGGCCGUCGCAUCAACUGACACUGGCUUCAAUGUCGCCAAGGAAUUCUUGAUCAACAAUCCAGACAGCAUCGAGAAGGCCGUCGGCCCGUCUCGCCUCGUGGACAUGCUGAAGGUCAUCGGGACCAGAAUGAACCAGGCCGCGCACCUCAAGCAGUUGGAAGAGUUUCUAAGUCAGAACACGCAGAAACUGGAGCCUUUGAGACGUACAGUAAGUAAGGUGACUGAGAGAGUCAGAUACAACAUUCAAUGGAUGGAAAGUAACUACAAAGAAAUUCACUCAUGGCUACAAGAGAGAGAGAAGAACUUCCAUUACAGGAGCAACGCAGAUAGAGGCUGACAUUAAGGAGGCUUCAGCACAACUGCAAGGAGCGAGAGUUAGAACCACUGAGAGAGUGGCCAGGCAGGCGAGGACACUACAUUUCCCAGUGAACCCCACCCUAGUGGAAUUUACAGCAAUCCCAACACAAAUUCCUCAUCGGAAUACAAAACACAUACUCCUUACAAAAUCCACUUCAUUUGUUUUUUUGUCAAAGAACUUCCACACAUGUCAAGUAUUUCCCCAACCAAAUUGAAGUUUAAAAUCUUGUUCUUAUUACAAAAAUUUGUGAUACCAUCAAAAUUCCAAUAUUCUUUUAUCAACAAAUUGUACUGUGGUACAUUCAAUUAUAAUUUCGAUAUUUACUAAUACAUAUAUCAACGAAUUAAUUCAAACUUCCUGAUAAUUGGGGUAGAAGAAGUGCCUGAGACGUCGGUGAGUUUUGUCCCUUCAAGAAAGCCGGCAUACUAAGAGGAUUUUAUUAAUUCCGUUUGUCGUGUAAGUUUUAGAUCAAGUGUGCACGUGUUCUUUACAAGCCAAUCCAAAUGCUCCUGCAUGUUCCAAACAGCUUUGGCAAAAACGCAAAAGCAUUACUAAAAAAGAAAAAUUACAACCCAAUUUAUACAAUUUCCACCAACACUAAAAAUGCAUGACAUUAAAUUUUAACCCUGUGGAGCCAAAGCCCAACUAAAUUAUAUUUAAAAAAUAAUUUCUUAUCUCAAAGAAAACACAACAUGUCUCCAUUACAAAGAAUAAUUCCUUAAUGGUAUUUGAGGACAUGAUUGCUGCUUAAUCUGAGAUGCAAAACUUACCAGUUACUGUUGUUAAAACAGGUGGUAUAUGUAGUUACCACUGGGCUCUAAAGAGUUGACGUAAAGUCUCGUAUUUCUGGUCUUGUGUUCCAUUUGUUUUUCAGAAACUUUGUUUACUCAACAGCACAAUUUAAAAUGGAGGACCUUGACUUUAUGUUCAUAUAUUGGAAAUUAUACAUUCAGUACAUGCAACACACGCAACAUAAAAUUUCCCUUAAUUUCUUAAUUCUGGAGAAAAUUGUUCACAAAAGUCUAUAUUAAUAACGCAAAAAACUUGUAACAUAAAAUUUAUAAAUUAUGUAAUUUUAAUGUGAAAUUUAGGUAAUAUGAGCAAUAAUGCCCUAGACUUGUACACAUAAGGUCAUGAGAUCAAACCCUGGUUAAAUCAGAAUUUUUUAUUGCCUGAAAUUUUUAAAUACGUUACAGAUUAUUAUUACUAUGAUUAGUAUUUUGUUUUUUUUGGGAAGAUAUUUCACUUUAGUACAGAGCAUGUCAGACAUAACCUAAAUGACUUUCACCAAAGCCAUGUUUAGAUUUUUGACAUAUAAAGAAUAUUUCCUACAGCAUUUGUAGGCAUGUUUAUGAUCUCUUUACAGACAAAAUUUCAGAUGCCUAGCUCCAAUAGUUACUGCAUCAAACCAAAACUUUGACAAAGAUCAGUCCUACACGUACCAUAAAAAACAAAGGAUAAAAGGCGAUGAUAAAAAAGUAUCAUCAUGGCAACUUGCAAUAGAGACCUAAAGGAACAGGAUUUCAUUCUAAUUGAAGCAUUUAAUAAGCACAAAUGUGACAGGUGAAUCAGUACAUUAAAAUAACGUAAGUGUUGCUCUAGUGACGACAAGAUGUAAUACAGAAUGUGUUGCGUAAAAAUAACAGAAUAUCUUUUAGACCUGACAAAGCUGAGCCCUAUAGCCGUAUGCAACACAUAAUUUUCACAGAUUUUAUUUUUUGGAGGAGGGAGUAGAAAGGGAAUGAGGAUAAUUCUCUUCACUGCUAAAUAUCAUUCUGGUUAACCUUUGAACUGACAAAUACAUGAUAUGUUUAUCACUUAGGAGUCACACAUAUGUAAUAUCAAAGUAAUAAUAAUCAUACUUAUCACUAAAAAAAAAUUGAGUUAAUUACACAACAUAAAGGCUUUUCAUAAUCUUAGUGCAACGACGCAUCUUAAAGGGAUUAUAUGACCCAUUUAACCUUUUAGGUACCUAGCGACCUGAUCUGUCAGCAACCCAGGGUUGUGGUAAAAGUGUCACUAACCAGCCACUUUCUUCACACACUAGCGAUUCCCAUUUUAUAUAUAACAUGGCGGUUCUAUUCGAUUCAGGCUGGCAAACAGAAUACUUUGAUCUGCGUUACCUGGCCUGGCUCUACAUAGCAUACAAUACACUGAAUAUUAUAGUCACCUAAUUACAGUAAAAUCAGAGAAAAUAUAAAACUGCAUUUUAAAACACCAAAAACGCAAUGAAGUCCGUUCACCGCCUCCAGCUUCCGCAAAGUGUCGACAGAUUUAUAACCAAGAAUUCCCAACACACAAGUAAAGUCACAAGUCUAUAAAUAAUCAAAGAAUGCGUAAGCGCACAAAAAACUUAAGUGACUCUCCAAAGGACAGAAGAAAGAGGAGUUUAAGGAGAACCAAGAAUUCUGAGAGCUCUUUAUUAUGAAUUAUUUAAAAGUAAACAUUAUAUGCUAGCAAAUAUUAUGAACCAACUUCAAUGAAUUUCCAUUUUCUUCUUCUAUCAUCUUGAAAAACUUAUAUGAUAUAUCCCCAAUGUGAUAACAGAUGACAAAUAUCAUCACGAACAAUUUGCCCGUGAAACACCUGUACAAGAACGAGGCCUUAACGCUGAAAUCGGUAAGAACUUGUAGACUGCAAGCGACACUAAUUCACUUACUCCACAAAAGCAAACAAAUGCUUCAUCCGCGUCAUGACAAAUAAUUCUCAGCGUGCGGCCUGGUCAGACGUGCACUAUUUUUAUGAAAGGCCUUCUUUCGUUCCUGCCAAAUCUCACCACUCAACAAUUUGUACCCAUUUUUUUCUUUCUUUAUGAAAAAAGGUCAUAUUUCACUGGAAUGUGGAGCUGUAGGAAAUUUUAAAGAGAGAAAACACAGCAUACAGCGAUCUACACUUCACAUCAUUCUCGCCGCACGUUUCAGUGUUUCAGUAUUACGCAGAAUGUUCUGCACAGAGGCAGUGACUAAGUUUAGUUCCUCAGCAAUAGCAAUUGUACAUGGCCAGUGCUGCAAUCUAUUAGAUGUCUAAUAAAAAUAAAUGCAUAACA